UUUUUUGUUCCGGGUUUAGGAACCAAAGUAUCUGCUUUGUUUUUUGCUACCUAAAUUUCAAACGGCAAAAAUGGGUAACAUUAAAAUUAUGCGACCAACGGCAACACGAGACAGUGAAAGUUAGAGGUUGUGGGUUUUCUGCAGUACGGUGAAACUUUGCAAUGGCUGGGCGCCGCUGAUGCGCGGGAGUUUUCAAACUGGGCGAGUCCACAGACCGUGGGUCCGUUUAAAGAGGAUGCUAAUCUGUGUGCUACUUAGCCACGGUUAGCUUCGUACAUUUCUUACUUUACAGUGUUGUUAAAUGCUUGCAACGUUACGUUAGACGCGUUUCUAUUUUUUUAAAUAUUAUUUCGUGUAGCCAUUUAUGUUUCAACAUGUACUUAGAUAAACAGAAUGCCACACGUAGUUUUAGCUAACUGGAGCCGCAUCUUCAGAUAGCCUUGUUUGUUGGUAGCGUUUGUUUUAACGCGUUCAAAUAGGAGGAUGUCCAGCUAGACAAAAUACAUUUUUUAUCUUCAAUCAGCCCACCAGCAAGUUUUGCAGCAUGUCCAUAGACUUUGACAGUGCUGCUCUCCAAACUCAGCAUGAUGAUGAAGAAUAUGACCAAGAGGACUACGCAAGGGAGCAAGAGUUGCACCAGCUGCUCACAGACCUGCCUGAUGACAUGCUGGAGGACAGCGUGGACUCCUCCUCCCCUGAGCUGGAGUGCUCCACCUACAGCAAUAAAAACGCAGCCAACAGCCCACGGGCUCAGUGGAACCAGCAGUGGUCAGAUCACACCCACACACAGAACUUUGAGGAUGACUAUGAUGGAAGCUCGCAUGGUGAUUAUGCCUAUAAAGAUGGAGUAGCUGAUAUUAAUGGGCAUCACAGUCAAAAUCAGCCCCUGCCUCAUACCUGGACUCAGGAACAUCAGUUUGGACCGGAGGAUUAUGAAUACACAAACCGAUGUACAGAGAACGAGGAUUUUCCCAUUCACUUUGAGCCGCAGUCAGCCCCGGAAAGAACUGAAAAUCACAUGGAAUAUAAUGGAGUAGAGGACUACACAGAUGAGCACAACUCCAGAAACCUCUUUCAACAGGAGGAUCAGCGUCUAAAUCAGUAUAAGGUCGGCUACAAUCCACAGCAUCCCGCCCAUCUACCAAAGAUGUUGAACUCUCAGUCCGCUCAGCAAGAAGGCCCCUAUGACCAGCUGCAGAGACAGCUCCUGGAUAAAACCCAACAAAAUGCGGAUCAGGAGCAGAUUUCUCAGCUUCAGAUUUUGAACAAAGCUCAACAAAGACAGAUUGAAGACAUGGAGCGGAAGCUGGAGGAUUCCCGCCGGAGUCUGCGAUACCUGGAGCAUCAGUUUGCAAUUGUCAAGGAUGAAAAGGACGGCCUUGCAGUCAGUCUAAAGGAAUCGAGUCGACUGGUUGAACAGGCCAAAGACAGAGAGGCUCAGAUGCAGAAAAAGCUAACAGCAGUGGAGCAGCAAUUACAGACCCUCAAUGAGCGAGACCAGGAGAACGUAAAGAAACUGGGGAUGGCAGACGCAGCUGUGGACAGCAUGAAGCAGCAGAUGCUGGAGCUUUGUCGCACUGAUACCCUGUCCAGAGUGCGGGAGCAACAUGACAGAGACAUCACCGUCCUGAAGGAGCAGCACAACGCAGCACUGCUAGCACUGCAGCAGAAUCUAGACUCGGCCUCUCGGGCUCUGAGCGAGCAGAUUGAUGCUGGUCAGAGGUUACGAGAGCAGGUGAAGCAGCUGGAGCGCCAAAGAGAAGACGAGCAAGUGGAGAGGGCUGGAGUCGUUAAUUCUCUUACUCAGCGCCUGGAGGAAAGCCAGCAGCAGUGUGCCAGGCUGCUUCAGACAAAUUCAGUUCAGGAGAUGAAACAAAUGGAAAUCAAGCUGCAGCAGGCUCAGUCUUCCAAAGCACUGAGUGAAAACAUGAACAAAGCUUUACAGGAGGACAUGGCUGAUCUGAAGGAGCAGAUCACUCUGUAUGAAUCUGCUGUGAAACAUGGAGUUGUGGCGCUAGACCUCAGCAGUGAGUGGGACCAUCAUCUGUCCGAAUCCUGUUUGGAUUUGGGAUUUAAGAAGGCAAAACGGAAGAAUGGGAUCCUUCACAGUGUUGUGGCCCAGCAAGCAGAUUCCAAGCUGCCCAAGGACGAGGCUUUAAGGCUUCUGCGGGCGGAGAUGCAGCGCUGUCUGGGGUGCUUAAAGGGGAAGCGGCAGAAGAUUGGUCAGCUGCAGGAGGAACUCCAGCAGCGCCAGGCUCAAGUUAACCAGCUGCAGACGGAGUUGGAGGAAGCAAAGCUUAACUCUGCUGGGAAAGAAAGCCAGAUGAAGACGAUGAGGACUCCGGACACUCAGGAUUUAAUUAAGCUACAGGAAGAAAAGCGGUGCCUGCAGGAGCAGCUGGAGCUUCUUGAAAAGCAAAACAAGGAGCUGAAACUGAGCGAAGAAAAGGUAAAGUGUGCCAACACUGAACUGUGCACCAAAAUGAGGCAAAUGAUCCAGGAGCUGGACCAGGAAAAGCAAGAAGCAGCAGAACGGUCUGAGCGGAUUAAUCAGCAGUAUCGGGAUGAUGUGGUGAACCGGCUCAGAACCGAACUGGUGCAGGAACAUGAAGCUCAGGUUGAAGAGCUGACUGCACUUCACCAGCAGCAGGUUCAGCAGCUCCAAAAGCAGCUGUCAGAAAUCAACGACAAAAUGUUAGCCGUGCAGGAGUGUUACAUAUCCGUCUGCAGAGAGAAGAGCUUGCUUGAAGACACAAUCAGCAACACGCAGAAGGAGAAGGAGACUGAAAUCCAGCAGCUAGUGGACUCUCGUGUGGCUUUAGUUGAAGCUGAGUGGAAGGCGAAACAUCAUGAGAUUGAGAAGGCCUGGACUAAGAAGCUGAAGGACUCUAAAGAUCAACAAAGAGAGGCUGCUGAGGUGGCUUGUCAAACAGAUGAGACUGAAGUCAACGGUGUGACGAGUUCUGCCGAAGUGCUGGACUCCAGGCUCACUGCCCAGAGACAGCAGCUCCAACUGGAAGCUGACAGAGUGCAACGGCAAGCUGUGGAGGAUGCCAGGAAACACGUCCAGAGAGAGCUGCAAAAGAAGCACCUGCAGGACAUGGCAAAGCAGGUUGAAGGAGCUGUAACUCGUGCUUAUAAUCGCUGGAUCGAGGAUCUGCCUUCUUUACCUGAAUACAAAGCCCGUCUGCAAGCAGAAAAGGAAAAGUGGGAAAUGUCGCAGGAAAAACUCAGAAAGCAGAGACUGUCCCAGGCUCUGAAGGAUACAGAGGAGCAGGGGCACAGGGACCAGCCGGAGCAGCACAGCUCUGGAGCCAAGAGGGUGGAGGAGCUUCAAGAGGAGAUGGGGGUUCUCAAGAGUCAACUAGAAGACGCAGCAACGGAGCACGCUGCCCUGCUGAAAGCUGAGCUGGCCGCAGCCAGAGCGGCCUGGAACAGAGACAAACAGCAGGAGAUCUCCAUCAUCCAGGCCUGCAGCGAGCAGGCGUGUCAGUCUAAGCUGCAGGAGCAAAGCACGAGGAUGGAGCAGGCUCUGCAGCAGGCCCGAGAGGACGCUGAGCUCCAGAAGAAAGAGCUGCUCCUACAGAUGGAGGCCAGACUUGAGCAGACAUUGAGGGCGCGAGAGGAAGAGUGGAGAUGCCAGCUCUCAGAGAGGAAGACACUCCAGCAGAUGAGAGCAGAGUUUCUUGCAGAACUUCAGUCUGGACUUGCAGAAGUUCACAACAGACUCUUUGAAACCACUAAAACGGAUCGGGAAGAGACUGACAGCAGAACCAGUGGAUCCACCUCAGAGGCGACCAUAACCUGCAUCAUUGAAGCCUCCGUCAGAGAUGUGGUGAACAGAGCUGUUUCAGAGGCUGAAAAGGAGUGGAAAAGAAUGAGCGAGGAGAAACUGAAGUGGGCCCUAAAAGAAGCUCAGGAUCAGCAUGCAAGAGAAAUCCGCAAAGUUCAAAGCUCUUCAUCCCAGAGGAAGGAGCAGCUGCGCUGCAGCAGAGACUGCUCGGAGGCGCUGAGCAAACUGCAGAAGAAGAACCAGGAGCUGCAGAGACAUUUAGAGAAAGCCUGCCGCCAACUUCAGCAUAGCAUCCGGGAACACAAAAGAUCCAUGCAGCAUCUAAAAGAUGAGCAUGAAAGAAAACUACAGACGAUGUCUUCAGAUCAUCUGCAACAACUAGAGGAAGUGAAGAGAGUCGCAGAAACGUCUGGCAGAAGUUCUGACCAACAGAGUCUUCAUCAAGGCCUGGAGGAGAUGAAGCAGCAGUAUCUGACCACCGUAGAGAAGAUCAGAGGAGACAUGUUGCGUUACCUCCAGGAGAGCCGGGAGCGUGCAGCAGAGAUGAUCCGUACUGAGGUGCAGCGGGAGAGGCAGAACACAGCCAGAAAGAUGCGGCACUAUUAUCUGACCUGUCUGCAGGAGUUACUGGAGGACGGGGGGAAGACGACAGGAGCUGAAAAGAAAAUCAUGAAUGCUGCAAGCAAGCUGGCGGCUAUGGCUAAAGUGCUAGAAACUCCAAUCAGAGCUAAAUCGGUAAAGAAGCCUGGUUCAUCAGCUGUGUCCACCGCCAUCUCUGGCAGCCAGCCGAGCAGAAGCGCAGCUUUCAAGAAGAACCCGUCGGCAGUACCGGAGCGUCCAGAGACGGGUCCAGAAGGAAGAUCUCACGAGGGGAAGACUUCUGCUGAUUCAAGGCAGAAAGCUAGUGCUCCAGUGAAGACUCAAGUUUUUAGCUUCCAGGAGGGCCCUGCAUGUGACCAAGGCUUGGAAUCCAGACUGCCUCGCACAAAUCCAUCAUCUCCACCCAAAGCAGCUACUCAGUUCCACGUAGAUUUUGUGAACUUGUCUGUGAGUGGCAGAAACCUGGAGCUGUACCUGCAGGGAGGAGAACCAAGCAAAGCGGACGCUUCCCCAGAGCCAGCAUCACGAUGGAAACCUUUCCUCGUCCAGGAGCCUCCCGUCAGAGAGCAGAAACCCACAGACUGGACUGCGACGAGCUGCGCCGUAAAUCUCCCCAGACUGUCCGACUUUGGGAGAGUCGAACCUGUGAAGCCUUUUUCUGUGUCCACCGUCAGAGAGGCGGGAGAGCUGGACAGCCUGACCUCAGACACGCCCCACCUAACAUUUUAUGAGGAGAUGCCCAGGAAGCCGGAAACCUUCACCCCCGCUAAGAAAAGCGCUCACAGAGAGCCGACGCCGGGCUCAGAAUGUGGGGCGAAUCGUUCUGGACCUUUGUUCUCCGAGCUGAGACGGCGGCAGCAGGACAGCGGCUUUGACAGUCCGUUUUACCAGAAAGGAGGAGCAAAGGACGGACAGGUAUGAGGGGAAGGGCAGUCAACCCACCCAAAGCUGAAACACCAGUUAACCUUUUUUUACCGUUAGUUUAUUUUAUGAUUUAAAAACCUUGUACACUCCCUGGCAGUACGUCUGUUUCUCUUUUUUGAGUUAAAGGAUCUGUAAAGCUCACACAGAUGUUUUGCUUCUUGACAAGUUAAACUGCAAACAGCCACUUCCUCCAUGAUUAACAUAUUCAAAUGAAAAGUUUUACAUUCAUAAAACCCGUUGUCUCUGAAUUGAUUGAUUGUCAAACUCACUGAAAGCAGAGAUUUUUGUUUCCAAAUAUUUCUUCAACCUGUUAUUUCAAGGCUUUGGUUGAGUGUCACACCUGGUUUUGUGCAUUUCUGUGUGUAUGUCUGUAAAAGUUGUAGAUUUUGGGCGAAACAAACCCAAGAUAAACUUGUGUUUUUGUCCAAAUUAACACAGCCGGUGUUCCUGCUGCUUUGUAUGAAUGUUUAGCAUAGGAUCUGUGAAAAAUCCUGUUUAUGUCCAAAGUUUUAGUUUUUGCCGCAACAUUGUUGUUAUAAACUGACUAUUUACUCUCAAUGUGGGAGAUGUCAGGCUUAUUAUUUAAAACUUUAUAGUAUUUUCAUUGUUUUUGUUGUAAAUGUUGAUAUGCUGUGCAUAUCAUGUGAAAGUCUUUUGUCUUUAAGUCUUUUUUUUUUUUAAUAAAUCCUAUUUAUAUUUCAAA